AUGGAUGACUAUAUCAGCCAUUUUCUGACCUCAGAAGAAAAGAAUACCAUCACUCGUCAGUUCCAGGGAGACUCUUGGCGCCCAAAUCGUCAGGUGCUAUGGACCGGAAUACCUAAGGCCCAUGCUCAAAGAUGGGCGGAAAAGCAUGGUAUGCAAACAUUGACCACUGCUAUGGGACCCCUUAUGGCCAAAGAGAAUGGGCACUGUCUAUUUUCUCAAAAGGGUACGAAAGGCUGGUCCCGAUAUAUCAAAGGUGCCUCUGCCCUUUUUGCAUGGCAUAUAUGUGGAGGCGAAGAAGUCACUGUAUUGACCCCUCCACCUCCAUUUAGGUUCCAUCCGUCCGGGUUCACAAGUUAUCAAGUAAUUGAAGAGCCCAUACUAAAAGGUGGUAUUAACAACAAACAUGUGUCUAUUAUCAUGUUGGUCCAUCCAGAUGUGAAAGGGGCAGAGGACUUCAGAUACCAGAUAUGGCCGGUUGACAAGACUUCUUCCUGGAUUGCUAAGUUUGGAUCUACCUAUUCCGGUACCAGAUGCUGGAGAGAAGUAAAGAUGGCGCCAUUAGUUCAUGGAGCUAAUGGUCAGAAUCUUCUUCUACCGUCCCCUGUAUAG